AUGGGCAGCGGAAUUAGCGGAUCUUGCAUUGGUGUCAGAAGAAUAAACGCCGACACGACACGGGAACAGCUUUUGGACACAGGAGCGCACGCGGUCACCGUGAAACAAGGUCGAAGGAGGGGCCUUAUUGAAUUUGCGAUAACGUGUCGUCUUCAAAGCGCCGAGAGAUUGCACCCGGCGUGCAUCUGUCGUUCCUUGCGCUUCGUCGGCGAA